AUGCAUGCCUUCCGAUAUCUGAAAAUGAUCUCAUUCCUCUCGCACGUGAGCGUUUGUAACUUGACCCAGACCACCAUGCAACGAAAUCUGCGGAUCCGCGGAAACUUUGUCCAAACACCUGAGCUAGGAGAUUUGGGCAUUCUGCGCGAUCAUCUGCUAGUGACGGACGACAAGGGCGUAAUCGUCAUUUUUGAGCCAGCAUCUUCGCAAUCGGAACUGACAUCUUGUUUCACUCUUCCCCGUGGACAGUUCAUCAUGCCUACUUUCGUGGACACACAUCUACACGCCCCGCAAUUUCUAUAUCAAGGCAAUGGCCUCCAUCUUCCCUUGAUGCAAUGGCUGGACGAGUAUGCCUUUAGAGCUGAAGAGAGAUUGGAUGGGGAUCCUCAGCUCGCCCGCAAGGUUUACGCUCAGCUAGCGCGGCGCUUGAUCCAGUUUGGCACCAGCACGGUGCUUUUAUUUGGCACAAUCAAGGAAGAAACCAACCUCAUCUUGGCUGACGCAAUGAAGACUGCCGGCUUGCGGGCCUUCGUUGGUAAGCUCUCCAUGGAUAUGCUUUCUAAACCAUCGUACAUCGAACCAUCGGCCGAUGCUUCCAUUCGGGCGGCCCAAUCCUUUGCAGAAAAAUGCAUGGCGAUGAAUUCCAGUUCACACCCUCACGAGCAUCUUCUUGAACCCGUCUUGACUCCAAGAUUCGUGCCGACGUGUUCUGAUGAACUUCUCUCCGGUUUGGGUGGACUUGCAGCUCAGCACAACCUGAAGAUACAGAGUCAUUUGGCGGAAGCACUUGAUCAAGUCGAUUUUGUCCGCAAACAACGUGGUGCCGAAGAUAUUGACAUAUUUGAUCAGUACGGCUUAUUGACACCGCGCACUGUCCAAGCUCAUUGCACAUUUCUCAAUGCCCCAUCGCUCACUCGACUCUCGAACCGUGGAACUGCCAUCGCUCACUGUCCCCUCUCCAACUCUUAUUUUUCCGCCGAACCAUUUCCUCUUCGUGAGGCACUCGAUGCCGGAGUUAAGGUCGGAUUGGGGACAGAUAUCGCAGGAGGUUAUGCAUUGGAUAUCAUGAAUGCAAUGCGACAUGCCGUUUCGGUUUCGAGGAUACGAGAGGGGAACCACCAGGUAGCAGAGCGCGAACAACAGGAGGAAACCAAGCAAUCUCUAGCAAUUAAUUGGAUAGAGGCGCUUUAUCUUGCUACCAAAGGAGGAGCACAGGCUUUGGGUUUGAAGACGGGCGCCUUCACAAUCGGAGCUCCUUUCGACGCUCAACAGAUUCAGCUUCUUGACUCUGAAGGAAAUGGUGUUGGCGCACUUGAUUUCUUUGAUUUGGAAGAUGGAGGUUUGACGAUGGAGAUGAUCGAGAAGUGGUGGUGUGUCGGCGAACGAGGCAAUCGGAUUGGGAUUUACGACGAAAUCAUCACCUCCCGUCCCCAAUACAUGACAGUCAGCAUUAGCAACACUAUACCUGAGCAGAAUAGAGGAGAACCGUGGUACGAAGACGGAAACAUUAUCCUUAUGAACAAUGACACAGCAUUCAAGGCAGGCUGCUUAACCUUCAGUGGACGAUUUCUGAGACUUUGCCAGGUUUUCAAGGGUAUGAUAGCCCAACAUUCGCCAGUCCUGCGACAAAGAAUUCAAGUGGAAGCUGCAUCUGUGGAACUGAUCGAAGGUUGUCCCGCAAUCGUUCUCGACGAUUCAACCGCGGAUCUCGCACAUUUUUUGGAUGUGAUACAUGGCUGCGAAAGGGCAUUCCGACUAGCCACAAAAAAUGAUUUUUUGAACCUCGUGGGCAUUUUGCGUAUCGCGACCAAGUACGAUGCAAAGAUGUUACGCCAACGCGCGCUCCAGCCGCUCAAGAAAGUCUACCCCUCAACAUUACCCCAAUGGGACGACGCGUUCGAAAGCAACUCAUUGCUCUGGGUUCUCGACGCCGUGACCACAAUCAACAUGGCACGAGAGUUUGAUGCACUCUCAAUAUUACCCGCCGCCUUUGUCUUUCUUGCAAACAGCACAAUGGCGCGAGAGGCAUUUGGCGUCAGCAUUUUCCAGACACAACCCCUCCGGUUUGCUCCAGGUUUAAUGCGUGCUGAAGACGUCAAAGUACUGACGUUGAUGAAGGAGUACAACCAGCACUCAAUAGCACGCACGCUGCGUUUUCUCCGUGACCAAGGCAAAGAGCGGCAUUCGCUCUGUCAACGAAGCCUCGAGAGCGCUUGCUGUUCAUCUAAAUUCACCGGAAUGUUCAUUGCCUUGUCUGUUCUGGUAGCUACCGCAGAAGCCCCCGUUGGCUAUCCCACAUUUGUGGUGCGGGUUCAUGAGGUUAUCAAUCGGGAGGAUUUUUGCCGCAGCUGCAGAGACAGAGUGGAAGCCGGAUUGGAUCGUAGAAGACGAGCUUGGUGGAGAGGAGUACCUGAGGCCAUUGGAUUCGGUGGAUGGGAUGACGAGCGGCUUAUUUAG